UGGUCCAUGUAGUCAAUGUAAAGGUAAAUAUACAACAAAUGUAUGCAUUUUCAUUGUAACAGACAUACUUACCUAAAUCUUUAUGAUUAUAUCGUUUCGUCUAUGUUAAAUGUUGCUUUGAGUCAUUGUUUCGGAUUAUUAUUAGGGGUUCAACUGAAAUAGUACGUACAUUUGAGAAAACUACAAUUACCACAAACCAUUAGACAUUACGUUUUGCAAAGGACGUUCGAUUGAGAAAAAAACCCCAACCGCUUCCGUGUUGUUAUUCUGUUAUUUUGGCAAAUCACUAGCUAAGUACGUGAGUCAAAGAGCGAUUGCUGGCCGGUUAUUUGUUUUUCUAAACCAUAAUGGUUUUAUAAGAUCAAUACAUAGUGAAGUAUUAUCCCUCAGAAUGUCGUUGCUACAAGGCUCAAAGAAGAAGGACAAGCGUAUUUUGUCUGGUACCUGCCCAGACCCAAAAUGCCAGGCGAGGCUAUUCUUCCCUGCUUACGGCUCUAUUAGCAUUGAAUGCACCGAGUGUGGCCAGCGCCACGAACAGAAUAAUCUUUUAAAUGUGGAAGAAGUAACUGAUCCCGACGUUGUGCUUCAUAAUUUGUUAAGAAAUGCCCUACUCGGUGUCACUGGGGCCCCGAAAAAGGGAACGGAACUGGUGAAAGUGAUGGGGCUUUCCAACUACCAUUGCAAGCUUCUGUCUCCUAUUCUUACAAGGUAUGGCAUGGACAAGCAAACGGGGAAAGCGAAACUGUUGAGAGAAAUGAAUCAAGGAGAGAUUUUUGACUGCUCACUACUUGGAGACAGGGCAUUUCUAAUCGAACAGGAGCAUGUAUCUACAGUUGGAUAUGGCAAGGACAGAUCCGGGAGCCUUAUAUACCUCCAUGACACUUUAGAGGAGAUCAAGAAAGCAAACGGCAACAAAGAAUGCCUCAUUCCUGUUCACGUGGAUGGAGAUGGACAUUGUCUUGUUCAUGCUGUGUCCAGGGCCCUGGUAGGCAGAGAACUGUUUUGGCAUGCCUUAAGAGAGAAUUUGAAACAAAAUUUCAAGCAAAACCUUGAUCGCUACAAGGCACUUUUUCAGGAUUUUAUUGAUGCUGCGGAAUGGGAGGACAUCAUCAACGAAUGUGACCCCCUGUUUAUCCCACCAGAGGGUGUUCCAUUGGGACUUAGAAACAUUCACAUAUUUGGCUUGGCCAACGUUCUGCACCGCCCCAUAAUCUUGCUAGAUUCACUGAGUGGAAUGAGAAGCUCUGGCGAUUAUUCUGCAACGUUUCUCCCGGGGCUUGUGCCAGAGGAGCAGUGCAAGGGAAAAGAUGGGAAAUUCAACAAGCCCAUAUGUAUCGCCUGGAGCAGCUCAGGGCGUAACCACUACAUCCCUCUUGUCGGCAUAAAGAAUACCUCCCUCCCCAAGCUGCCUUCGAGGCUUCUCCCCAAGGCUUGGGGGAUCCCACAGGAACUCAUCAAGAAGUACAUCAAGUUGGAGCAAGAUGGUGGCUGUGUCAUCGGUGGAGACAGGAGCUUGCAGGACAAGUACCUAAUGAGACUGGUCAAUGCCAUGGAGGAGGUGUUCAUGGAGAAGCAUGGCAUCCACCCCUCCCUGGUGGCGGAUGUGCACCAGUAUGUUUACAGACGAACCGGUGUGAUCGGGGUCCAACCCGAGGAGGUGACGGAGGCCGCAAAGAAAUCAGUCAUGGAAAACCGGCUACACCGCUGUCUGAUCUGCAACGCGCUAUCAGAGCUUCACGUUCUGCCGGAGUGGUUGGCUCCAGGCGGAAAGCUCUAUAAUUUAGCUAAGUCCACCCAUGGGCAGCUUCGACCUGACAAGAACUACAGCUUCCCGUUGAACAACGUGGUGUGCUCAUAUGACCCGGAGAGGGACGUCCUUGUUCCCGACUACAAACUGAGCUCUUUGAACACCUGCAACUGGUGCCACGGCACCUCAGUGCGCCACGUUCACGGCAAUGGCUCUGUGGUGUAUCAAGACGGAGACCGGACCAACAGUCGCUCCCAGGGGGGGAAGUGUGGCUGCGGCUUCAAGCACUACUGGGACGGGAAGGAGUAUGACAACCUACCGGAGGCUUUCCCUAUCACUCUGGAGUGGGGCGGGCGAGUCGUCCGAGAGACGGUGUACUGGUUCCAGUACGAGGUGGACGUGACCCUCAACAGCAACGUCUAUGAUGUCGCCAUGAAACUGGUCACCAAGCACUUCCCUGGGGAGUUCGGGAGUGAGCUCCUGGUGCAGAAAGUGGUGAACACCAUCUUGCAUCACACAGCCAAGAAGAACCCAGACGAGUAUAACCCGGUCUCCAUUGAUGGGGCCCACGCUCAGAGGCUGACCGACGUGGUGGAAUCCCAGCAGGCAGUCGACACAUCCCCGCCAACUAAGAUCAUACUAACUGGACAGAAAACAAAGACGAUUCACAAAGAGGAGCUGACUAUGAGUAAAGCGGAGCGGAGCCUUCAGCAGAGCAUCUACGAUCAAGCCCUAGUGACCCAGAAGAGGAGGACAGAUCGACUAAAGCAGGAGCAGAAAGUAGUCCAGGCACAUGGGCGACCAGCCUCUCCAGGUGCUGCUCAGGAGCCGUCCUCCUCUUCCUCCUCCACCCCAGCCACGCCCACCAAAACCUCUUCCUCCCUCGCUUCCAGUAAAGAGAAGAAGAUCCGGGUCACCACUAGCGAUGGUCGGCAGGCCAUGCUCACUCUGCAAGCUCAGACCACCUUCUACGAGCUCCAAAGAAGCAUCGCUAAUGAAUUCGGCGUGCCUCCGGCCCAACAGUGUAUUCGACACGGGUUCCCACCCAAAGAACUUUUCCCCCCCAAGGACGGGGAGGAAAAUGAGCCUGUGGCCCUCCAACACGGUAACAGGGUGACUGUAGAGAUCCUGAAAGGUCCAGAGGACCGCAAGGUUUCCGGCCCAAGCGCUUCCAGUUCCCGUUCCUCCCUGCAUUCGCUCCACUCUGGGAAAAGCGAUGAUCCUGUGACUUCCAGCAGAUUGAAUGCUAACAGAGAGCUACAGGACAACAUUGACCUUGAGAUGUCCUCCCUCUGUCUCCUAGCAACCUUAAUGGGAGAAGAUGUCUGGUCAUAUGCAAAAAAACUGCCUCACUUAUUCCACCAGGGUGGAGUUUUUUACAACAUUGUGAAGAAGGACAUGGGGCUGAUUGACGGCAAGCAUUGCACCCUGCCACACCUGAGUGGAAAGACGUUUGUGUACAACGCAGCGUACGAGCGUCUUGAGUUGUGUGUGGAUGCCGCCGGACACUUCCCAGUGGGCCCGGAAGUGGAGGACCUCGUCAAGGAGGCCCUGGCGCAGCUCCACUCAGAGGCGGCAUCUAGAAGCCGUGAGGGAAGCCCAUCUCACAGCCUCCUCCGCCUGGGGAGCGGCGGUGUGGUGCGCAAGAAGGAGCAACUCCAGAGUGUCACUGCCUUCCAGGGUAAAGGCCACUCCCUGGGCAGUGCACCCGGCGCAUCCCCCCCGGAACACAAGCCCAUCACCCGACAGCACAGCAGCGGGGUGGACCUGAGCGCCAGCGUCUCCAAGGGGCCCGACCUCUCCGAUAUCUCAGAGGACGCCACCAAGGAGCUGGUGCGCAUGGCUCCGGGUUUCGUCACCAUGAAGGACAGCCGUCACCUGGAUCCUAGCAUGAUUGAAGAGCAGAGGAAAAAGCUACAAGAGAUGGUCUCAUCCAUCCAAGCCUCCAUGGACAGGCACCUGAGGGAGCAGAGCAACACGGCGGCCGGAGCUGCCGCCGGGGGCCCCGCAGAGAGGACAGGUGGGGCUAAGACGGAGGCUUCCAGAUCCGCUCUGGGCGUAGGCGACCCAGAGCCUUCAUCCAUGGACGUAUCUACAGCCGGGGGUCACAGCAUAUCAGCGGAGCCGGGGAACAAGCCUGGUGGAAAGGAUACAGGGUCUGAGGAGUUGGAGGAGAUGGAUAGCCAGGAUGUCGAGCAUACCAAUGCCCUGGAGCCGAUGGAUCAUUCCUGAUGGGAGAAAGGGGCCGGGUUCGUUUUGAUUUUUCUCAGUCAUCAGUCACCCCCAUCUUGUCCAGUGUCGUUUGUAUGGGAAAGCUUCAGGUUGUAUCAAAGCUUUGGUAUUCGUUGUGCUUUGGUUUUCUGGUACUGCAUGAUUGACAGAAGAGGUUGACCGUUUCUGCCGUAACAUUCAGAUGUUAUUGAAGAGAAAUUAGUGAUAAGGAGCGAAGCUGGGUCCUGUGUUUGAAGUGCAUUUUUGUAGAUGUCCUACUGGUGUUAAGACGAAUGGCUGCAGAAGAGCUUGAGCUGAGGAGAUCCCAUCCCACGCCAGCAUCGUAAUGUCCGCAAACAUCUGCUUCAGAAAAAUGCACACUGUAAAUGCAAUUAGCCCUCAAACAUAAAUGCCUACCAUCCCAUUUUCUGCUUUACCAACAUAUUUGCUACAAAUAACUACAGUGAAAUAUUCCAAAUGAGUUGUAUUUUCUUGUACUUCGCUCACCAUGUGAAGGUUUGCCUUCUUUAUUUCAGAAGGAUGGAAUCACAUGUCCUUCAUUAUUUGUUUUUGGAAAAACAAGAUGAGAAUUUAAAUAUUUAAUUUGAAAUGUUGAUUUAAAUGUGAAUGCCAUUCAAACUAAAAACUUUAGCACUGUUUUGAAAAUAACCAAAUUGAUUGUUGGAAUUGAGAUUGACCAUGUGGUUUGUUUAUUGACUGGGAAAAUGCCCCUGUUGCAUCUUUUGGGUUCAGGGUUCAUGCUACCUAUUGAUGUUUGAAGAGUUUUUUUAAUUUAUUUUGACAUUUCUAAUUAAUUAUUGGCCCAAGUCUGCUGUGCAAGUGUUAAACUGCUUGACAUGAUUAACCUACAUAGGAAGGACCACAACAUACUAUAUGCUGUACACUUGGGAGUAGAUUCCAUUACUCCUAGGGAAUUCUCACAAAUGCUUUUUUUGCUUGAAAGACGAAAUCCAAUGCAGUAUAUUUUUUGGUGGAAACCCACACUUUUCUAAAGUAAGGCUUAUUUGUUUAUUUUCUCUUACCAUAUCAUUUUUAACUGCAUAUUUUGGGUUUCUAUAUUAUCUUUUUAGGAAUGAUAAAUCAAUUUAGGAAUAUCUAACUCAUAUCGUUUACCCCAUGAUCUGCCUGCCAUUUUAGUUGUUUUAUUAACAUGCAAUGCCAUUGUUCGCUCUAAGUAGCGAUGAGAAGAUAAACAGAAAACCUAUUGACACGACCACUUUUGCAGGCAUCUUGCUGAUAUUGUUAAUUGCGAUAAGCAACCUAUGCUGGAGACAUCGCAAUAUUGAUUUUGUUUGGGUCACCCAGCUCUAGUCUAAAUAAUACAUUUUCAUUCUGACUUACAGAAAAUCAACCAUAAGUUUGUUGUGCAGGGUGUGUUCAACUCUAUAGUUCCUCUUUGGUGAUGUUACCAUUCACUGGGCUUGACCUACCAUAAUUAUUCAAUAUUUAUUCUAAUUCUGUGGAACUGGCUGGUAUUGCUAAUGAUUUCAUGUAGUAUCUUGAAUGCUAGCUUUCCAGCUGAACAAUGUCAGUACAACACCAACCGUUUUUGAAUUCCUCUAUAGAGAACAUGUACAAUGGGAGAUUUUAAAAUGCUGUGAACAUUUAGAGGAUGUCCAGAAGGCUUUUGAAUGGUUUGUCUCAGAACACAUUGCAGCCUUGAAAAAAAAAUUAUUGAACAUGGUGUCGUGGAAGAGGUUGUAUGGAAAAGGUUGUUCAUAAAAAAGCGCUACAACUUAUAUUUCCAAUUGGUUGUUCAUUCAAUGCAGUUACUUUAAAACUUCUAGCCAAACUGUGUAAUACCAUUUUGCAUUUAAAUUUGUUUUUUGUGGCAUUUUAUUCCUCUCAAGACAUUAAUAAGUAUACUUAGUCUUGGAAUUUCAACCAAAAAAAGUGGGUUGGGGUAUUAAUAGGCCAUGGCAUUUGUAGGCACCGGCCUUACUGUUAAAACAAAUUUAAGUGGCCAUUGAGAUAUAAUGACCACAUUGAGUUUACACUUUUGUUGCCAACUCAGAUUUUGGAAUGUUUCAGAUUACCAUGGUAGUCUAGAAUGACUUGGUAAUUUUGAAUCCUGCCAUUAUCAGUUCAUGGCCUUAAGUCCUUGAGUCUUAAUGAUUCUUGGCCUGACUUCUGGAUAAGGUUUCUUAUUACAGCAAAAAGCAGUUCAGUUUCUACCUGCCUAAAAACAUUAAAUCUUUUUUAAAAGCUCCAAGGCUUUCUCUUUCAAGUGAACAAAAUGUAAACCUUAGCACUUUCAGAACAACAGGGAAUGUUAGAAAAGAACAUAUACUAGCUAUACUUAAAUAUAUUGUAAAUCCAAGAGAAAAGAUCUUCAACUCGCCUAACUCAGACAACACUUAUUUGACAAACUUGAAGUUUGUUUCUUUGUGACUGCUGUACUAAUUAAAUGUAUUGUAAGCCAGUUGUAUUAUAAUAGUACAUAUUGUAGUAUAUGUUGAUGUACAGAAAAAAGUUGUUCAGUUCCUUCAUUUAUUGUUAACUUUUUUCUUAUUUGCUAAUAAAAAAAUAAGAUCCACGGCUACGAAAUUGCUGUUCGCAUGUGUGAUGACUUUUCAGCCCACCAAUAAAGUAAUUGCUACACAA